AUGGCUUCCUUGGAGCAAGUGUUCAGGGCUUCAUACCUAAAGGGAGAAAAGUGUGCCACACAAAAUACUGCCAUCUCAUCCUUUCAUUGUUCUGCUCUCUCUGCUUGGACUUUGCUUUUAUCUAUUGCACCUGACAGUUGCAUUCAAGAAAUGACGGAAAGUUAUUUGUCCAAAAUUAUUGGACUCUUGGAGAGUCCUGAUGUUGAACUGAGGAUUGUGGCAGGGGAGACAAUUGCACUGAUGUAUGAACUACAAAGAGGAAUUGAUGAAGAAUUUGAAGGAGAGAACAUGAGCAAUUUGUGUGAAUCUUUAAAGCAUUUAGCUACAGAUGGCAGCAAACAUCGUGCCAAGAAAGACAGGCGUCAGCAAAGAUCAACCUUCAGAGAUGUCCUCAGGUCCAUUGAGGAGUUUGAAUAUCCUGCAGCCAUGAUUAAGAUAGGAUCAGAGUGCCUUUAUUUAGACAGCUGGGCAAGGAAGAAACAGUACGACAGCUUUUGUCAAUUGCUUGGCUCCGGGACGCACCAACAUUUUCAGGUAAAUUUGUUGCUUCGAGAUGUCUUUGAUCUUGGUGCUCCACCUUUGGUUGUAGACAGUCCAAAUCAGAGAGCAAGGAAAAUGACCAAAGGGGAGAGGAAUUUUAUCAACAUAACUGCUGAAAAAAGGAGAACAAGAGCCCGUGCCAAGAACAGGGAUAAAAGAUCUGUCACUGUCAGCUUUCAUCGUUUUCUUGCUGAUGAACCUUUUGCCCUUUCUUUCUCAUUCCACAUGUUUGAUGCUCAACAAACACCAGCAGUUCAUGAUAAACAUCACACAAUUGAUGACUUUCUUCUUAAAUUGCAUUAA